AAGCAGUCAAAUUGAUAGAGAAAGGCUCAUCGAGGGGUGCCUACUCGGUCUAUCGUGCGGUCCAAAAUCACUAAAUCAGGCCGCUCCUCCGCACCAAUGAAAGGCUUGAAGGUGGCGGCUGGCUUGCUGGCCAGGCUCGGCGAGGCGGAGGGUCGUAGCUUCGCCCAUGCUCGCUACCGUGAUAGUUACAGAGGCAUCUGCUCUCUCGCGAGUAGUAUCAGUAAACCUAUCGACGACGAUGAUCUUCAAAGCCAGGUGCUGGUGGAAGGCAAAGCGCAAUUCAGGACCGCCAUUCUCAACCGGCCUUCGGUUCUCAAUGCCCUCAACUUGAACAUGGGAUCUAGAUUGAACAAUUUGUACACGUCCUGGGAAGAUGAUCCGGAUAUUGGAUUUGUGGCGAUGAAGGGCAGUGGCAGGGCAUUUUGUGCUGGUGGGGAUAUGGUUGCUGUUUAUCAUCUUCUGAAUCAGGGGAAGCGGGAGGCUUGUAAAGACUUUUUCGCCACAUUAUACCAGUUCAUUUACCUUCUAGGUACAUAUUUGAAGCCACAGGUAGCCCUUCUGAAUGGCGUUACCAUGGGUGGUGGUGCUGGAGUUUCAAUUCCUAGCACAUUUCGUUUGGCAACUGAAAGAACUAUUUUUGCUACUCCUGAAACCCUUCUUGGUUUCCACCCUGAUGCUGGUGCAUCCUUCUACCUUUCACAUUUACCUGGUCAUUUAGGGGAAUAUCUGGCUCUUACUGGGGAGACACUAAAUGGAGUUGAAAUGAUCGGUUGUGGCUUGGCUACACACUACACUCACAGUACAAAGUUUCGGUCAGUUGAGGAGCGGUUGGGGAAUCUGAUCACUGAUGAUCCUUCUGUCAUUGAAACUUCAUUAGAAGAGUAUGGUGACCUCGUCCAUCCAGAUAGCACAAGUGUAAUUCACAGGAUUGAAGCUGUUGACAAAUGUUUCAGUCAUGACACAGUUGAAGAAAUCAUAGACGCUUUGGAAACUGAGGCUUCGAAGACAAAUGAUCCAUGGUGCAACUCUACUCUCAGAAGGCUAAAUGAAUGCUCCCCACUGAGUUUGAAGGUUUCCUUGAGAUCAAUAAGGGACGGUAGACUUCAAACGCUUGAUCAGUGCUUAGUCCGUGAAUAUAGAAUGUCUCUACAGGGUAUGGCCCAGCAGGACUUGCGUGAGGUACGUCAGGGUGUCCGUGCACGGCUUGUUGAUAAAGACUUGGCACCAAAGUGGAAUCCUCCGAGGUUAGGGCUGGUGACAGAAGGCAUGGUGGAUCAGUAUUUUUCUUUGUUAGAUGGAGAACGUGAUCUAGAACUGCCAAUACAACAGCGGGAAGCAUUUACAUAGUGAACUCCAGCAGCAGCAUGAUUUCGUGUUUAAUUUUUUGCAAACUGAUGUGUUAGUCAGAUCGGGCAAAAAGUCGUAUGUCACUCACGAUUUUGGGUGCUGAGGCCAGUCAGUCAUUGUAUUUGGAAGUGCCCGUCUAAUUAGGAUGAUAUUUAGGGACGCCGAAGGAGGCGGACGGCUAAAUAGAAUGACCAGAUUUAUCAAGUGUGAGUCAACUUUGAUGCUUAAAAGCAACAGUUUCAUAACCAUUAUUAGAUAUGUCACUUUCGCUGGGGUCAAUCGGCGGGUUUGGAUUGGGUUCAAUUGGGUUAUGAGUUAGUCAGGUUUCGGGUUUGUCGGGUUAUGGGUUAGUUGGUGAUGCAGCGUGUACGUGGAGAAAAUCGCAAAUCCGUUGAUUUCACAGAAUACCAGACGAAUGAUCUUCACUAUUCUAUUGAUU